AUGACGCUUAUUAGCCGGCAAAACUCUUAUUUUUAGAAGGCCUUCCUCAUCUCCUUCCGCAGACUGGACGCGACUCCAUCACUCUCGAGUCUCUCUCCCUUCUCAUCUUGCUUCUUGGAAAUGGCGUCUCCCCUCCUCCUCUCCAUCUCAACUCCUUUCGUCCCCCUCGGCCGCCGCUACCUUUAUCCGCACAACAUCGCGGCUCCCCCGCUCCGUUAUCCUUCUUCCGUCGCCUUCCUAAAACCCUUCCAAAGCCGCAACAUUUGGGGCACCAAUUCCUCGAAUUCCCUUCGUCUCUUCGGUAGAGCUCACGUCAGAGGGACUCCAAUCGGAGGGGCGGAAUCCGAGACUUCGAUUUCCGAUGAGUCUCCCGUCGGCGAGGACUCGGCGGCGUUCGAGUUAGGGGAGCAAAAGUUAUCAUCCUGGGCUUACUUCACGGCCAUACUAGGCGCCGUGCUCGUCGCGCUCAAUAUUCUGUGGAUUAAUCCGUCCACGGGGUUCGGCACGGCAUAUAUCGAUGCGGUUUCUGGACUUUCCCCGAGCCCGGAGGUUGUACUUUUGUUGCUUAUUGUCAUUUUUGCUAUCGUCCAUAGUGGUUUGGCAAGUCUACGGGAUGCUGGUGAAGAACUCAUAGGAGAGCGGGCUUACCGAGUUUUGUUUGCAGGGAUUUCACUUCCUUUGGCAGUCAGCACCAUUGUCUAUUUCAUCAAUCAUCGAUAUGAUGGUACUCAAUUGUGGCAACUACAGAGUGUCUUUGGACUUCAUGAACUUGUGUGGUUCUCGUCGUUCAUAUCCUUUUUCUUUCUUUACCCAUCCACCUUUAAUCUUUUAGAAGUCGCAGCUGUUGACAAGCCAAAAUUGCAUCUCUGGGAAACAGGAAUCAUGAGAAUCACCAGGCAUCCACAGAUGAUUGGACAGGUAAUAUGGUGCUUAGCCCAUACGCUCUGGAUCGGUAACUCUGUAGCGGUGGCCACCUCCGUUGGACUGAUAGUUCAUCACAUAUUUGGCGUUUGGAAUGGCGAUAGGCGACUGGCACUUCGAUAUGGUCAAACUUUUGAAGUCUUAAAGAGUAGAACAAGUAUAAUCCCUUUCGCGGCAAUAUUAGAUGGACGUCAAAAGUUGCCCAAGGAUUAUUACAAGGAAUUUCUCCGGCUACCUUAUCUAACAAUCACAGCCUUGACAUUGGGUGCAUAUUUUGCACAUCCACUUAUGCAGGCAUCCAGUUUUCGACUUCACUGGUGAAGCCACCUGAAUGUUAUUCCGUAUAGUAUUUUCUAUGAUCAACUAAGAUGUGAUGUUGAAGCCAAAUCCACUGUUGGUGUGAUAAAAGUGUAGGGAGAAAUCAAUUUCAAGGCAUUGCAUUAUAUAGUUGAAGAACUCUGUUGUAAAGAAUGUUGAAGGGUAACACUUCUGUUGAAUGAAAAGAAAACAUACAGAUCCA